UACAACUCCCAGAACCGCGCGGGCGGCCGCCGUCGCCGCUGCUGUUGGCUAAUUUUUUUAUACCGAAAACUGCAAAUAGCAUAACCGGUUGGCCGAAUACCGUCUCAAAAGGGAGGCGGAGUGCGUGGGCCGCGGAUCGGAUUGGCGGAGCAGCCGUGGGAUGAGUCGCUGCCGGUGUGAGGCCUGGGGCGGGUCGGCUACGCCUUUGUCUGUCGGACGGUCCCGCUGAGGCAGAGUUGUCCGGUCAGGUGCCGGCCUAGCGCGGCUGUGACGGCAGGGUUAAACGGCUUCACCUCGAGCUUCAUCAUGACCAAAUGAACACACGGGGAAUGAAAUUUAAAUUCCGAAAAGGGGAACGAGUUCUUUGCUUCGAGCCAGACCCGACAAAAGCCAAGGUCCUAUAUGAUGCCAAGAUCGUUGAUGUUGAAGUUGGUAGAGAUGAGAAAGGUCGAAAAAUCCCAGAAUAUCUGAUUCAUUUCAAUGGUUGGAACAGAAGCUGGGAUAGAUGGGCAGCAGAAGAUCAUGUACUUCGUGACACGGAUGAGAAUCGCAGAUUACAACGUAAAUUGGCCAAGAAAGCUGUGGCUCGCAUGAAAAACAAAGGGAAAAAGAAACGUCGUUGCCGGCUCCCUGGUGUUGACUCGGUUCUAAAAUGUCUUCCUGUUGAUGAAAAAGAAGAGAAUGAUGAAAACUCUUUAAGUGCUACUUCUAAUGAUGACAUUGAUGACGAUGAUGAUGAUGAUGAAGAUGAUGUAGAUGGUUCGGAUGAAGAGUUAUUAGACUGCGAAGAUGACAGUGAACCAGAAGAGAUAGUAGAAAUGAAGGAAGAUCAAGAGACUUGCUCGAAGAAGGAAAUGGAAGAGAAAAGUAUAAACAUAGAAAUUCCUGAAAUUCUAAAAAAGAAAUUAGAGGAUGAUUGCUAUUAUAUCAACAAAAGGAAAAAGCUGGUGAAACUUCCAUGCAAGACAAACAUUAUUAAUAUUUUGGAAUCCUACGUGAAACAUUUUGCAAUUAAUGCAGCUUUCUCAGCCAACGAAAGAUCUCGACAUCAUCAGAGCAACUCGCAGAUUCCAAUGAAUCCUCAUUACAUUCCACCUGAGAAGAAUGUUGAACUUUGUAAAGAAAUGGUGGAUGGUUUAAGAAUUACAUUUGACUUUACUUUGCCUAUGAUUUUGCUCUAUCAGUAUGAGCAUGCCCAGUUCAAGAAGAUAACUUCAUCCAAAUUUUUUGUUCCAAUCAAAGAAACAUUGUCACAUAUUAGACCUCAUAAGGAACAUUCACCAAGUCCUCCUCCUCUUCUGAACCCAUCAACCCCUCAGUCCACAGACAGCCAGCCAUUGUCAGGUGACCCUUCAACACCGAAGCGACGUAGGAUUGAUCCUGAAUCCGUUCAAUCGUUGAGGCGGUCUAUGCGGCAUGUGUCAGGCUGUGAUAGAUUAUCUGAAAGCAAUGCAUCUCCUCAGUCAAAGCGCCGGUUUUAUGAAACUGCCACCCAAAUGCCCAAGUUACUUUUACACUUGGAGAAAAAAACACCUGUCCAUAGUGGGAGUUCUUCUCCUGUUGCCCUCACACCUAGUAAAGAAGGGGUUGCAGUAUUUGAUAGUAGAAGGAACAAUGAACUAAGUGAGGUAUUAUCUUGGAAAAUGAUGCCAGAUAAUUAUCCAUUAACUGAACAGCCUCCUGCGCCUUCUUACAUCUAUGGAGCUCAGCAUCUGUUGCGACUGUUCGUGAAGCUGCCAGAGCUCUUGGGCAAAAUGCAAAUUACUGACAGGAACGUCAAAGUCUUGGUAAAACAUCUCGAGUUGUUUCUAAGGUUUUUAGCUGAAUACCAAGAAGACUUUUUUCCAGAAUCUGCAUAUGUAGCUGCAUCUGAAGCUUACUAUUCUACAAAACGUCCUCAGGCUGUCUAUUGAAGAACUAGCAGAACUGUAAAUUAACCCACAUUGUUACUUUUAGCCUUGUGGUUAUAGUCUGAAGAAAGUAAAUUAUCUUCAGCAGCUGAGAAGAAAGGAGGGCUUGUGUUCUCUUAAGUGGUGCUGCUUGCUGGAAAUCUGUUGACUACAUUGUGGAGAUGGACCACAUUGUGCUUGAACUUGCUACUUUGCUUUCGUCUCUGCUUGUUGCCCUGAGCACAUCCCGUUCUUCUUUGAUGAAGCAAAUGACUGCCUGUAGAAGUUCCUUCUGCAAAUGGACAAAAUGCAUUCUGAAAUGCAAGUUGCAUUUAUUGAGCAAGACUUAAUUUCUGUACAAAAUUAUUUGAACAUCCAUCUUAAAGUAUUGACUAACCAUGUUUUAAGGUGAGAUUCUGAAAUGACGCAAUUGAAGAAAAAGUAAUGUCAUUUGCAGUAGUGUUUGCUAUCAGAAAUAAAUUUUUGCUAUAUGGUAAGACUUUUUAAUGUUAUUUUAUUUACUUAGCAAUACAGCAUGAAGUAGGCCCUCUGGCCCUUCGAGCCAUGUCAUCCCUGCAACCCCAAUUAAAUUAACCCUGACCUAACUACACAACAGUUUACAAUGACCCAGUAUAUCUUUGGA